AGACACCUCGAUAUCUCGCACGAGCGGCUGUUAUGCUCUCGUGGAUGUGAAUGCAAUUCUCGUGGACGUGUAUCUCUCGCACCGUUCGCGUGUACGUCUCGUCGACUCGUGAGUCGCUUCCCCGAUGAGCCUGAGACGGAUCUGCGAUGUCAUCGUCCGGCGGAACUUGCGGCCGCGAGGCGCCGUCGCCGGGCGCUUCCUCGCCACGGAGCCGAAGGACGAGGUCGUCGACAUAGCCGCCGCCGACGAGCAGCCGGUGUACGUCUCGGACCCCAAGCUUGAGGAGGAGCUCGACAGGAAGCGAAACAAGUCUCGGCUGAGUACGCGGGACAGGAACAUACUUAUGGGCGUGCGCCCUUACGACGAGCCUAUGGUGUGGUAUCACCGUACGGUGAGGUACAAAAGGCGUAUGCUGGGCAAGUACGGGCUGAGUAGCGUCGACGUGCCAGCCGGGUUUGCGUGGCCCACGUUGAAAAAUGUGAAGGACGCUCAGGAGUACGAGAGGGUCGCCUUCCCGCUGUCCCUUCAAGAGAGAUGGGAGAAGUUGGAGGAGACGAAGCGGAUGAAGGCCGAACAGGCUCAAGCGAGGGAGGCUGAACUAAUUGAGAAACUGAGCAAGAUGGAUCAGUGGGCAGCCGAGUUGAACGCGAAGGUCAAUAAGAAGAAGGCCGACCUGGAGGCCGCCAGAUUGCGCAAGGAACGCUUGGUGGAGGAGGUCAGGAAGCACUUUGGCUUCAAGAUCUCGUUCAACGACGAGAGGUUCAAGGCGAUGCUAGAGCAGAAGGAGAAGGAGGAGAAGAAGAAGAAAAAGGAGGCUAAGAAGAAGGCGAAGAUGGACAAGUUCAAGGACACAAACCAGGAUACGCCCAACGAUGCGGGUGCGGGAGAUGCCCAAGAGCAAGCAACCGGAACGACGAAAUCUGUAGAAUAGUAACGUUUUCGUUCGCAAAGUAUAAUAUAAAAAUUCUGUAUAGCUAAUUUAUAAUUCAUCAGUUCUCCCUCGGGUCUGAUUAUUUCGAGGCAGAACGUACAGCCAGUGUGAUUAAAGCACUCGACACUUUCCUUUACAUUUUAUUCAAGUAAUCGAUCAAGUGUCUCAGCACGAGAUGUGGCGAAGUGAAAUUGGCUACGAUCAAAAAAUAUCCAAAUGUUUUCUCUGGCUUUACAUUGUUACAGAAGCUUGUCUUUAUAGUAGAAACUUUCCAACGGGCACUUGGCGUUUACUCCGGCGCGAGUAUAAUCUAAAUCUCGGGGACAAUAUACACAUGCGUAAUAAUAAA